CAAACAUUUGGCCCUCCGUAUAAACUCUUUAGAUCCUGAGGAAGACUAGAACGCCAGUUCGAGUUAAACUGUAUCUCCAACUACAGAUCUGUCUCAGAUUUCUCGAUCCGUUAAGUUGUUUCUUUGCCCUGACUUGCAUCUGAUCGCUCCAGAAAUGGCAGCUGCACUUGUUCCCUCAGCCUUGGAGCUAUUAGCAAGAGUUGAAGCUGUAGCAUCAUUGAAAGGGGUGAGGCUGGGGAGAGAUUCUAAAAAUGAACUCCAAAGGCUUAGGCACAACCUUUUGGCCUUAAAUGCUAUCCUUGAGGAUGCAGAGCAAAUGACAAGGAUUGACAGAGCCAGCGAACGUUGGUUAGAUCAGCUUACAGAUGUAGCCCAUGACUUGGGGGAUGUGUUGGACGAGUGGAUCUCUACACACGGAGUUGGAAAAACUUCUAUUCUGAAGGCUUGGGUAGGCUCCUACGUCACCCACUGUUUACAUACUGCCCAAGUUGUUAGGCGUGAUGAUCUUGCUUUCAAAUUAAAGGAAUUCAAUGACAGGCUAGGUGGGAUUGCCACUAAUCUAAAUAAGUACCACUUGAUAUCAAGUUAUGGGUUUCAACACAGCAGACAGAUUGAGAGUACAGCUUUUGUUGAUGUGUCAGCUAUAAUUGGUCGAGAUGAGGUUAAGGGAGACAUUGUAAGCAGUUUGUUGUCUGCAUCUACUGAACAACUUAAGAUAAUUUCAGUUGUUGGCAUGGUUGGGGUGGGAAAGACAGCUAUUGCUCAACUUGUUUACCAUGAUGAGGUGGUUAAGCAGCAUUUUGAUCAUAGAAUAUGGGUUUGUGUCUCAGAAGUAUUUGACGAGAAUAAUGUUGCCAAAACAAUAAUUAAAGGAGUUGAUGGUUUCAUAAGUUUUGAAGGAGUGGACUCCCUUGAUUCAUUUCCACUUUCUGCCCUUAUUGAUAGAAUUUGUAUAUCUAUCCACGGAAAGAAAUUUUUUCUUGUGUUGGAUGAUGUGUGGGCAGAUGACAUGCGACAGUGGGAAGGACUGAUCCAGACUUUCAAACAUGGUGCCCCAGGGAGUAGGAUUUUGUUAACUACUCGUAAGGAUACGGUGGCAAACAUGAUGGUGGACUCUCAUGUCAUUCAUUUGCAACCGUUAUCUGAUGAACAGUGUUGGAUGUUAGUCAGUCAAGAAGCAUUCUCUGGAAGGGGUGUUGAAGAGUGUCAGAAUUUGGAGGAUAUUGGGAAGAGAAUUUCAAACAAGUGUAAAGGCUUGCCUCUUGCUGCAAAGACUUUAGGAGCCCUCCUAAGAUGUAAGAGCAGUAGGAGAGAGUGGGAAAAGAUCUUGAACCGUAAAAUCUUGAAGUUAGAGAUUGCACAUCAAGAGCUUUUUCUUCCUCUACUUUUGAGUUAUAAUGAUUUGCCUUUACCACUGAGACAAUGUUUCAAGUAUUGUGCUGUUUUCCCAAAAGAUUUUGUAUACGACGGAGAAACAAUAAUAUACCACUGGAUGGCACAAGGCUAUUUAGGAUUGAACAAUGAUGAAGAUUUAGAAUUAAAAGGAAGAGAGUACAUUAGCUACUUAGCAGCUAGGUCUUUCUUCCAUGAUUUUCUGCUGGAUACAGAUGGUAUAAAAUCAACAUGGAAGAUGCAUGACAUUAUGCAUGAUUUUGCACAGUUUUUGAUGAUCAGUGAUGGAAUUGUGAUUGAGGUCAAUCCAGAAGGCAAUUCAAUGAUAGAUUUGUCUUCCAGAAAAGCUCGUUAUUUGACAGCAUGUAUACCAGAGGGGCAUUGUCUUCCUACUUCCAUUUAUGGUGCUGAAAAGUUGUGUAGCCUUAUGAUCAUUUCUGGAGAGAAUGCAAUAACCAAUGAGGCUGUGCAAAUCAUUUUUAAUCAAGCAAAACAGAUAAGGUUGGUGGAUUUUGGUUGCCACAAUGCAUUAGUGGAUACAAUUCCAAAAGAAACAGGGAAUUUGAUUCAUUUGAGGCACAUUAACUUGAGUGGAAGUAAAAUGAAAGGAUUGCCCAGACCUUUGUGUGAGUUACAUAAUCUUCAAUAUUUGAAUUUGGACAACUGCGAAUCUCUUGAGAAUUUGCCAGAUGAGAUAGGGAAUUUGAUCAAUUUGAGGCACAUGAACUUUAGUGGAAGUAAAAUAAAAGGAUUGCCCGGAUCUUUGUGUAAAUUACAUAAUCUUCGAUAUUUGAAUCUCGACAACUGCAAAGCUCUUGAGAAUUUACCAAAUCAGAUAGGAAACUUGUUCAACUUGACAUAUCUAGGGACUCUUCAUUGCUACAGGUUAGCUUGCUACCCCAAAUCAGCUAGGAGAUUAACAGAUCUUAGGCAAUUACGUGGGAUCGUGCUCAGAGCUGAUCGAAAUGACCCUAAUGAAUUCACUCUUGGAGACCUAGAAAACUUGAACCAACUUUGUGAACUUUCCAUGGUGCUGAAAGGAAAUGCAGUAAAUGAUAGAGAGCUUAAAAGAGCCAAAUUUGAAAAUAAGACACAUUUAAAGGAAAUCAAGGUGGAGUGACAAGAAGCAUGAGGCAUGAUGACGGUCAAGUAUGAAGUGAGAGCUAGUUCUAUUGGUGAAGAGGAGUGUCGUUCUUGCUGAGAUCAGAAGCUGCUGGUUAAUGUCUAGCUAUUAGUUUGUUGAAUUGAAUAUAAUCUUGUGUGUAGUUUUAUUUUCUAAGCUAUGCUAUGCAACUUGUUAUGUGAUGAUUGUGAUCUUUUAGGGUUCUGAAUGUUGUCUUUAGAGGAGCGUGAGUAGCUUUUUAGUUGUUUAACGUGAUCAGAGGAUUGAAUAUGUUGGGUAUAUAUGUAUUUGAAUGAAUGUUUCUUGGUGCUUGAUGAGAAAGUACUUGUGCAGUGGAUGUUCCAAUAUGCCUUCCUGGAGUGUUGUCUUUGGGCAGAAGAUUAAUCAUGAUGAUGAGGGGUUCAGUGGCUGUCCCUAAACAGCUAACAAUGGCGCCAUGGUGCAUUUAGUUUCACUUUUGGGGCAAAAGGAUUAGUCAAGAAUCCUACCCUUGACCAUGUUGUUGACAGCCAACAAGUACAAGUUUGAGCCCAAUUAGCUUUAUCUCUGUACCCCUCCUCUACAAUAUUUGGGAUGAACAAGUGAUUCUCGCCCCGCUACACAGGGUAUUAGUGAUUUAAUUGGGCAACUUGAUUUAAAACCAAUUGCAUUUUCUCUAAAUGAAGCUUGAACACUAAAGAGCAAUUUCUAAU